AUGAGAGCCGCUGCCGGGUUUACCACCAGCGAGGGGCGGUACUACAAUCCGCGAGCGUUGGUUGUUCCACCUGAAGAACUCAAGAAGAAAAUUUUCCCCUUUGCGGAUCGUGCAUUGGAAACAGUUGAGGCGGCUUGCAAGAGCAAGGGCAGUCGCAUGGGUGGAUACUAUCUAGGAACCGCCAGAGGUUUCUUAGAAAUGCUCCUGCAGGACGCGGUGGCAAUGAAGGUCCUGCAUCCGGAAAGGUGCAAUGGCCACAUGUUUUUCCAGGCCUUUCCGGAGCUCUUCCGCAAUCAGUUAUUUCUGGAAUACACAGCGAAAAUGCGACUGGAAUUGUCGCAUGCUGUUGAGGUGCGAACUGCCACCGUUGACGCCAUGCUUCCCGGCGUCAUUGAGCAUUUCAAUAGCCUGGGGCAGGGCGUUUGGCGAAACGGAGAAGAUAUAAUGGAAGUAAAGAAAGAUGUAAAUGAUUUGAGGGAGGCGAUCCCGGCGAUGAUGCGGGACACGACGCUCGCAACAUGGCAGGUGGCGAUUAUGCGGGACACGAUGCUCGCAACAUGGCAGUCGCUACUCAGCGGAAUGACAUCGAUGGUCGGAGAUACGCGGAGUGCUACCGCUACCGCACCAUCAGCAUUUCCAGCAAUGCAACAACAAACAAUUGCGGCGGCUGCGAAUCCCCUGCAUCUGACGGAACAAAUUCGCAGUUUUACGUUUGAAUCGCAACACAACAAUCUAAAAGGUAUGUGGGAAGAAUGGCACGGCCUAAGAAACUACAAGGACAUGCCAAUGGCUGGAGGAGUUGCCGCUUUGGAGGAGUUGCACGGCCCAAAAUGGAGGGAAAAAAACAUACAACAACGCGUCUCAAGACAGGGCACGAUUUGUCUUGCGAUUAAAAAGAAGUCUGAGGCCGAAUCCAAGUCGAUCGACUCGGUUUGCAACGAAUGGAAUGAAAAGUAUGCGGUGGAUUUGAACAAAAACAUGAGAAGUUUCGUGCAGUACUUGCAGAAUAAGAAUUGGAUUCCAGUUCACGCAUGA